GUUGUUGAUUUUUUCCCUUUCGCUUUCGGGUUUCCUGCGGGUGUGGCUGGUUGGGCUGCUGGCUGCCUGCAAAGGGCCGAGAGAACAGACACCUAUCCAGCUGCAAUGGCCUCUGCAGCUACAGCAGGGGAAGUGCAAGAUGAAGCCAUUUGCUCCAUCUGCCUGGAGUAUCUGACAGAGCCGGUGAUGAUAGCAUGUGGGCACAACUUCUGCCGAGCCUGCCUCAGCCAGUACUGUGCGGAAAAGGGAGCGGGGACAGCCCUGACCUGUCCCCAGUGCAGAGCUCAGUUCCAGAAAGGGGAGUUCAGGCCCAACACCCAGCUGAGCAACAUUGUAGAAAAGCUCAAACAACUGGGGUCAAAACCAGGAAAAGGGCAAAAGGAGAAGCUGUGUGAGAGACACGAGGAACAUCUCAAACUCUUCUGUGAGCAGGAUGGAGAAACCAUUUGCUUGGUGUGUGAGAAAUCCCGGGACCACAAGUCUCACACUGUGGUUCCCAUUGAGGAGGCUGCCCAGGAGUACCAGGAGAGAAUCCAGCUACCUUUGUCCCUCUGCCCUCUCCCGCAGUCUGAUCCCUGCUCAUUUAUGAAGCUGUUUUGCUGGAUGCAGAGGCUGCUUUUCCACCUCCU